AUGUUCGGCAUCUUUGCGGACUUGUUGUCCUCCGUGAUUACCAUCCUCUUCCCCAUCUUCGCUUCCUAUAAGGCCCUCCGCUCCGCCGACCCCUCCCAACUCGCACCAUGGUUGAUGUACUGGGUGGUACUGUCUGUCGUGUUGCUGGUGGAAUCUUGGACAGUAUUUAUUAUUGGAUGGUUCCCCUUCUAUAGCUGGAUCCGUCUCUUCUUCCUAUGCUAUCUCGUUCUUCCCCAGACACAGGGAGCUCGUCUGCUCUACCAAGACUACGUCGAUCCAUUCUUGACCCACCACGAACGCGAGAUCGAAGAGUUUAUCGGUCGCUCACACGAGCAGGCCAAGGCAAUGGGCCUGCAAUACUUUUACAAAGCUAUCGACUUGAUCCGGGAGAAAGUUAUGGGCCUUCCCCCGCAACAGCCCGCGCCACCGCCACCCUCGGGGCCCGCUGCCUAUGCUCAAUCCUUGCUGUCACGAUUUAAUAUCCCUAUUGUCGGUGCUCCCGCUGCGCCCGGAGCGCCAGCCGCCGCACCGGCAGCUGCCCACGAUUGGUACUCGAUUCUCGGGACUGCACUGGGCUCCGUCACUUCUGCAGGCAAGCCUCGUGAAGCACGCGAGGAGGAGCUAUCAGCCAGCGGCACCCUUCUCCAGCGCAAGUUGGAAACCAUGUCCGGUGCCGAGAAGGCAAGCUAUAUCUCCCGACAGCGGGAGGUGCUGGAUUUCCUGCGUUCUACGUUGAGUCGGGAGGAACAAGCGAUGGGCCGGGAUGAUACCGAGAACGAUGAUCUGGCCUAUGGUGCUCCACUGCGAAAGGAUCCCAGCGACAAUUCCUUUGAUGUAGUCGACGAUGAGGAUUUGGGGAGUCGCAGUGGUGCCCGGCGGACGAGCAGCCGGUGGACAUCGGGCUGGCUGGGUAAUGAGCACGACUCGUCGGGCUCAUCAGGCACUGACUAUGCGGCUCGGACGUCCGGAUAUGAUCGAUACUAG